AUGGCCGAUCAGCAGCAGCAGCAGACAGCCGACAAGGUUGUCGACGAGGCUCCCAUCUCGCCCGUCGAGCGCCGCAACUCUCUCGAGCAGCACCUCCAGCACCGCCCGGAUCGCUCCGAGCUCGUCGAGCGAAACAUCCUCCCCGCGUCCACCGCCGCCCCGGGCCUGCAGGCCCACCAGAAAGAGCUGGAGCGGAGCAUGCGCGCAGACACGCUCAACGAGAAGAUCGCCCACCGGCCCAGCCCGGAGGAGCUGCUCAAGAAGGGCGUGCUCGACGAGGACCCCCGGUCCCCGGACGAGAAGUACAAGGAGGCCAUCGAGGACGAGUACGCCAAGCGCGAGGGCGGCGCUUGA